AUGUCGUCGUGGUGGGACAGAUACUUCGCUCCCGGUGACGUCCGGGCUGCUCGUCGGCAGGAAGAGCAGCAGAUCCACAAGGAACUCGAAGACCUUGAGAAACGGCCGGCUCCUAUAAUACCAAAUCGAAUAGACGCCGCCCAUCGCGCUCGCCGCCAGAAUGCACUCCUCUUCGGUGGUCUGGCCUUUACAUUCCUCUCCGCCUUCAUCACCCGGCGAUCCUUGACUCGAAAACAACACAUCACCGCGUUAUAUCCUCACCUUUCAAAAACGACCAAGGGAUCCCCGGUCCCUAAGCUAGAGGUCCCCCAUUUCACAACCUCCAACAAUCAAGCCAAAGCCGAAGGUGGUCUGGACGCCGUCGAAGCCCUCUUCCUAGCCACCAUCAACGUCGGCGCGAUCUUCAUGGCAGGCACGGGAGCUGUGAUGAAGUUCUUCGACAUUGCGGAUAUCGAGGAUGUGAGGGAACUCGUGAAGAAGGGAACAGGGCAAGAUCUCUAUGGCGGUGAUGCUGAGGCGGACAAGGAGAUGGAGGAGUGGGUCGCUGGGGUGCUGGCGAAAAAGGAUGAGAAGGGGACCUGGGACUUCCAGAGUACCAUUGCGGAGAAGUUGAAGGAGCUGGAUGACAUCGAGAAGAGGAAGGCGCAGAAGGUCGUGGAGCAAGAUGUUGAAAAGCGAUGA